AGAAGCCGGCAAGACAGCGGUGAAACGUCGUUGUUAAACGUGAAACGGUGAAAGUCUUGAAAAGAUGGAACGUUGGUCAGGUAAAAUAGCAUUAGUAACAGGAGCAAGUGCUGGAAUCGGAGCUAAGAUCGCUGAAGAAUUGGCAAAAUAUGGUCUCAAGGUCGUUGCUAUUGCAAGAAGGCUUAACAAGUUAGAGGAAUUAAAAACAAAAGUGGAAGCACAGAAGUUGCCGGGCAAGAUUUAUCCUAUGAAAUGUGACGUCAGUAAAGAAGAGGAAAUCUUAAAUAUUUUCAAAUGGAUCAAAGAAGAAUUAGGUGAAGUCAACGUUCUUAUCAACAAUGCCGGUAUCAUUGUCAACGAAAAAAUCAUCGAUGGAUCAACGGAAAAUUUCCGUAAUAUAAUGGACGUGAAUGUGAUCGCUAUUGCUAUCUGCACUAGAGAAGCUGUUAGAUUAAUGUCUAAAUCAAAAACGCAAGGACACAUUAUCAAUAUUAAUAGUAUUUCUGGCCAUGAUGCGAAGAGUAUAAAACUACCAUUCAGCUUGUAUCCAACCAGCAAGUACGCUAUUACAGGCAUGUGCGAAAGUGUUCGUAAUGAGAUCAUGAAUGAUGGAUUAGAUAUUAAAGUUACAAGUAUUAGUCCAGGUAUUGUGAAAACCGAUAUGGUUGACCAUUUUAAUUUGUCCCAAGAUGUUAUAAACAAAAUAUUAAUGUUAUCGGACGAAGAAGUUGCCGAAGGAAUUAUUUAUGCAUUAUCUCGCUCACCUAAUGUCGAAGUCAAUGAAUUAAUCAUUGCACCUUUACAUCAGACCCUACCUUGAAGGCUUUAACUAUUGUUUAAGAAGAAUUAUAUAAGCGUGUAUUUGGGGAAAAAAUGGAAAAUAGAAUCUUCAUGUAACAAAAUUAAAUAAUAUAAAUAAGCUUAAUUUAAAUUAGAUAUUACUAAAAAUAUAAUAAAAAUAAUAUAUAUAUAUA